AUGCUCGCACGCACGCCACCCCCAUUGGUAAUUGAAGUGAGAGAUGCUCGAUUGCCGUUUACGAGUAUUAACCCGAAAUUCGAAGAGGCGCUGCAAAGUGCGCCAUCGGCGAAGGAACGCGUACGUAUAUCAUCCCAGACCUACAUGAGCGGCUGGGCAGCACGACGCCUUGUUGUAUAUACGAAACGCGAUCAGAUCGAGCGCGCUUGGGAGGGUCCUAUUGUCCGUGCACUAGCGAAACACACGCACGAUGACCACGUUAUGUUCGUCGACACACGCAAGAAGAACGACGUGCAACGCGUGUAUGACUGGGUAUGUGCGCGAGCAAAGCUGCUAAGCAAGGCCGCAGCAAAAGCAGGGGUGCGGCAAGCCUCCAACUCAAUGCGGCAUUCCCAUUUGUCUGGUGCAGCUCGAUACACAUCCACUCCUGAGACAGGUGUGCGCCUUCUUGUGGUGGGCAUGCCCAAUGUCGGCAAGAGCUCGCUGUUGAACGCAUUGCGCUUUGUGGGUACCGGGAAAAAAAGUGCAGCAAGCACACAUCCACAUCCUGGACAUACACGCAAGGUUACAGGCACAGUGCGCAUCACGCCCAGUGCGCCAUCGCUUGCUCAGCUGGACAUGAGUGAGGGGAUCGACAUGAAACGCCUCGUAGCUCGUGAGGCGCAUAGGCCCCCAUCCGUAUAUGUGUACGAUACACCGGGGAUCAUGGUUCCGUUCCUUGGAUCUGCAGAACAUGGCGGUCCAGAACGGGCGUUGAAGCUCGCUAUCACUGGAUGCAUGAAGCAGACGCUGUUCAGUGCCGAGGAGUUGGCUGAUUAUUUGCUUUUCCGGAUGAAUCGACGCUAUCUGUAUGCGCGAGCACAUGGCAGUGAUGCACUUCCUGCUUAUACGGCGCUUAUGAGCGAACCAAAGCUCACAGACGAUAACACCGAGUUCCUCUCUUGCGUUGCGGGAAAGGCGCCUGGAGCGCGCCAGCAGGGGGGAACUAUGAAUCUAUCCGUGGCAGCCGAGUUUGUCAUUUCGCAGUUUCAGCGGGGCGUCCUCGGCAGUCGCGAGCUCGACCUGGCCUUAAAUGAAGAGGACUUGCCACCGUCUAUAUCGCUGUCGACCUCUUCGUCAACCCCAGCGGCACCUUCCAUGUCAUUAGAUGAUCAGGUGGCAGUGCGACUUUUGGCGCAUUUGGCCUCCGUGAGUCAAGACCUGCAGGAACCUGCAUAA